AUGAAAAUUAAUAAUAAUAUUCCAAAUUAUCUAAAAUUACCACAUAUUGGACAUUAAUGGAAAUUCUUGAAAAACAUAGAACUAAGUACAUUUACUAAUAGCAGUAUGGAAUAAUCAUGCAAAAAUAAUAAUAGCAGUUUGAUGACUCAUAGUAAUGUGGGUCCUAAUCGAACUUAAUAUGAAGAAACUCCAUAAAAUAAGAAAAAAAGAUUGAUAAAAAGUUAAUCUAUAGAUGUCGAUUAAUAAUUGUAUUAAAUUGAUUCAGUAAGAGAAUCGAAUUGUGAUUAAGUGAAAAAGAUAGCAGAGAAUCUAAUUAAAUAAUACGAUAACGUGAAAGUCUCUGAAAAAUAGAAGAGUGCUUUAAUGCUCAAAAAACAAUUGACUCUUAAUAACUAAAUAGUGUAAAAACCACAUCUUGAUAAAUGUUAAUCAUUAUAUCAAUUGUAAAAUGAAAAAAAAUAGAACGCUAAGUAACCUGAAACCAGUGAAAUCAAUUCAUUUACUCAAUUUUUUCAAAUAGUUUAAAAUCAAGAAUAAAGCAAAGUUAAGAAAAGAAAAUGUUAAAUCAACUUUUUCAAGAAGAGUUAAUCUAUGGAUACUAUAGAUGUAGUAGAACACCAGAAAAAGAUCACAAAAUUACUUUUACAAUAAAAAAUUAGAAUUAAACCUAAGUUCUCUUCAACGAUUAACAUCUAGGAUCUCCUUUAGUAAAAUUGA